AUGAUUGCAAAAGGAGAGGGUCUCGAGAAGAAAGAGAAAGAAUGGGGGGAGGAUGCGGGGUGGGAGGAGCACGAGGCAGAUGCGAGUGAGCAGGUGGAACGAGAGGAAGAGCAGGAAGAUGAGCGAGAGGAGAGGAACGAGGAAGAGGACGACGAGGAGCGAAGAGCAGAGGAGCGAGGAGAGGAGGAGAGAGGGGAAGAGGAGGUAUUUUCGAUGCGCUUG